AUGGCCAGUACUACUGAUAAGGUUGCUACUGAUAAGGUUGCUACUGAUAAGGUUGCUACUGAGGAGAUUGUCGAAUUCAUUUCAGGUGACAUCCUCUCUGAAGAUGGGCGGGAGGAUUUUGUCCAGCUGGAGGCGCAGAUGCGUAAAGGGAUGGAACAUGGCAACGGUGUAACCGACAAUGAUGUUGCCGACGGUGGUGUGGAUGAAGAACAAGAACAAGAACAAGCCGUUGCCGUUGCCGUUGCCCGUGGUAAUGACGACAUGCAAAUUGAUGACCUGGAUGACGAGUCUGAUGGGCAAGAGGGGGAUCUCCGCAUUGAGUACGCCAAAGCCAAGGGUCUGUUCAAGUUGACGAAGAAGACGAAUUCCCGCCGAAUCAACGUGAAGAAUCCUGCCGCAGUUUGGGAAGUGAUGUACCUCAUUGAGAUUCGAAAGAAGACUGACUGGAGUGAGGUUGAAAGACUGGACCCACAAGCCAAAAAGAAACUUUGGGAUGCGGAAACUGCUAAAAAGCCCUGUGUUGCAUGCCUUGUUUGUUUCAAGCUUUCAGUCGUCACCGUCAGCUAA